UAAUGCUCGUAGGAACAUAUCUCUUCUAAGCUGCCAUAUCAAUUUUUACCGUUAAAGUCACUAAAGUUCCUGAUUCCUGGUUUUUCACACUGUGUAUCCGCGAGGACAACCGAUUUUACGCAAGAAACCACUUUGCAAGCUCAAAAUAUGAUUGUCAUCAGAUCACCAGCGUUGUACCUUACGCUCGCAACCUUCGCUUUGAACUAUGGAAAUUGUGUUAUUAUUACCACAUCACUUGGACGAAUCAAUGGUACCACCACAACCUCCAGAUUAGGAAGAACUAUAUACUCGUUUCGAGGCAUUAAGUAUGCAGAAGCACCGAUUGGGGAACUGAGAUUUCAGCCACCAAAACCUAUCAGGUCAUGGAAAGGGAUUUACGAUGCGACAGAGGAUGGACCCUUAUGUCCGCAGCCAACUGCGUAUAGGCAAUCAGAAGAUUGCUUGAUUUUGAAUGUUUACACUACAAAGUUACCAGGAGCGGAUCACAAUCCAACGAGACCGGUUAUUGUGUAUAUACACGCAGGUGGUUACUACAGUGUGGGUUCAACUAGCACCUGGGCUGGACCCAACUACUAUCUUGACCAAGACAUUGUGCUUGUUACAAUUAAUUACAGACUAGCAACAUUGGUCCGUAUUUCAAGAGUAAAUAAAACUGCACAACGUCUAUGCAUCUGUUCCUAAUUCUGAUAUAUGGUUCGAGUUCAAGCUGAAUAUCUGCUAUCUAUCUAGUAUCACUAAGAAUGAGAGAUGAGAAGAAAGAUAAGGCCAACAAUUUUCAGUGGAUGAACACACAUUUCUGUACAUCGCAGUUGCAUGCAUAGUGGGUAGUAGUAUUUCAGACUCUCUCUACUACUAUUUCCUUACCUUGAAGAUUAGAGCAGCCGAGCCGCCAGAAAAACGCGUGGCACUGUGUGAGGCCAUAGUAAUUAAACAGAGAAUGUAUUACAAGCAAGUAAUCUUAUGUUAUUCAAGGUUUUUUGAGUACUGACACGAAAGAAGCUCCUGGAAACAACGGCAUGAAAGACCAGGUUGAAGCUUUGAAAUGGAUCAAAAAUAACAUUGCUAGCUUUGGUGGAGAUCCAAAUUCAGUUACCGUUCAAGGAUAUAGUGCUGGCGGAUUUUCCGUCAUUCUACACAUGAUCUCACCAAUGUCACGAGGAUUGUUUCAUAAGGCUGUAGCGAUGAGUGGGAGCCCUCUUGGACCGUACCCAACUGAAAGAAAUCAGCUCAACUUGGCUAAAAAACAAGCGGGGCUUGUUGGUUGUCCAAACGAAACUAUUUCUGAAAUGGUGGCGUGCUUGAAAUCUGUGCCAUAUGAGAAGCUUGGAAACUCGUUGUCGCAAUUUUACGAAUUUGGAAGCGAUCCUAUCUUAAUUUGGUAUCCUGUUAUUGAGGAAGAUUUUGGACAGCAAAGAUAUUUAACGGAGCAUCCUAUGAGGUCGAUAAUCAACGGAAAUUUUCAGAAUGUCCCUUUGAUAACUGGGCAAACAGAAUUUGAGUUUGGAUACAAAGCAUAUUACGUGCUGGGCAACUCUACUUUGACACUCGAAUUGAACAACGAUUUCGGAAAUAUAGCACCAAUAGCGUUUACAUUGGGAAGAAGCACAGAGCAUAACAGGAGGAUCAGUGAAGCAUUGAAGAAGUUUUAUUUCAACAACGAACCUAUCACUUGGUCUAAGUUUGAAAACCUGUCAAAUAUAUAUGCUGACUCAGUAAUAGGCUUCGGAGUCAAUAGGGCUGCAAAACUGAUAUCCCAAACGAGUGAUAAGCCGGUUUAUUACUACGAGUUCAGUUAUAAGGGACAAUAUAGUCAUUUUCGUAAGCCUAAGACUAACGAAACAAUCGGAGCUGUCCACCACGAUGACCUAAUAUACCUUUUCUAUAUUGAACCAAUUUUCCCAUUAUUCGGUAAAGAUUCGCCAAAAGAAGUCGAAAUGGUGUCUAAAUUAACCGCUAUUUAUGCUAAUUUUGCCAGCAGUGGAAAUCCGAUACCAAGCAACAAUCCCGAAUUUAAAGGUGUGCAAUGGGAGCCGUACAGCACCAAGAAAAAUAACUACUUGGAUAUAGGCCACAAACUUACAGAGAAAACGAAUUUAUACGAAAGCCGAUAUAAAGAGUGGGAGAAACUGUACCCGCUGAGUGAAUACACUGAUUGAGAUUUAAAGAAAAUUGUGACUACCGAACUCGUUGUGUUACUUGUAUUUAUCCUUUGAAUAAAUAGAUAUAUUUUCUUGCGCCAUUUAUAACGGAAGUACGUGUCCAAGAAUGUAC